AUGGGAAAUCACCGUUCCGGUGAUGGUGGCGGCGUUUCACUGUCGACGUCGUUCGAGGAUAGCUCUGGCACCGUUGAUGAUGCCAUUACAAGGGAUGCCGAAAAUGUUAAUAACAUUCCUGCGCUUAAUGGCACAAACUUCAAGAAAUGGAAGGAGCACGCUAUAAUUGUGCUCGGGUGCAUGGAUUUAGACUAUGCAUUAAGAGAGGAUCGCCCUCCAGAUCUUACUAGUGCCAGCAUUGCUGAGCAAAGGUCUACUAUGGAAAAAUGGGAGCGAUCCAAUCGCAUGAGUCUAAUGAUAACGAAGCACUCAAUUCCAAAAGCUAUAAGGAGUGCAAUACCUGAGAAAACUCUAGCCAAGGCAUUCUUAGACCAGAUAGCAAACCGAUUCGCUGCAAAUGAAAAGGUUGAGACAAGCACUAUUCUUAGUAAGCUUGUCUCUAUGCGGUAG